UAGGAGCAGCAGGUGGCGGAGGUAGUCAGGUUAGGUAGUCAGUGUAUAUUUUGCGAAUGAGCGCAGGUGUAGUCACUAGUUAGUCGCAGGUGCGUACGGACCCACUGCGCGAGGUGUGCGUGCGUCGUCGUGACCCUCGGCUUUCAUUCUUGUGCAGAUCGUGAUCGGGUAAAUGUUCCCACAGUGAUGGUGGCAAAAAAGUUGGUGUUCUGGUUUUGUUGACGAAGGACUGGUUCUAGGACCGUCAAGGACGCCCCGAAAAAGUUUUGAUUUUAGUUGUAGAAAAGCGUCCGUUGUGCUGCAGCCUCCCUCGCUCACAUCGCCUAGGAAGCGCGGGCGGUGGAGAUAACGCCCGGCCGCCCACCGCUGCGAAGUGGCAGAGCGACACACGGAGCCGCGAGUCCUCCUCUCCAGCCCAGCGCCGCCGCCACGCACCCGCACCCACAGCCGCAGCAGCAUCGCCCGCCGGCCGCCACAGAUGCUCAUUCCUGAAGUCGGAGGUCAGCCAACAGCCUUUUCUGUGCCGUCCACCUCCUCCGCCGGCAGCUGGCAGCCCCCCACCAUGACGGCGCUGCCCCCUGCUCUGCCGUACUACGCGCCAGGUAGUCGGGAGAUGUACAGCCCGGCGCGCCCCCUUGGUCCUCCCGCCACAGACCGCCGUCGUGUCGUCUCCCGGAGGAGGCGUCGCGCCCAUGGAGGGCAUACGGUACCCUCCUCCCACCGCCGCGCCGCCGCCGCCGCCGCCCGCCACUACGACCUGGCACAGCACGUCCUCUCCCAACACACAGCCGCCAUGGCCAAGCUCCUCGGCACCAUCCGCCCCCCCGGCAUGAUCGGCGGCUCGAAGCCCAAGGUGGCGACCCCGCAGGUGGUCAACAAGAUCGAGCAGUACAAGCGCGAGAACCCGACCAUCUUCGCGUGGGAGAUCCGCGAGAAGCUCAUCUCGGAGAGCGUCUGCACCAACUCCACGGCGCCCUCCGUGUCCUCCAUCAACAGGAUCCUCAGAAACCGCGCCGCCGAACGCGCCGCGGCGGACUUCGCGCGCGCCGCGGGAUACGGCCUCUACAACCCGUACGCCGCGGCCGCCUCCAUGCCGUGGGCCAACCCCGCCGCCGCCGCCGCCGCCGCCGCCGCCUCCUCGCCCAUCUGGAGCGCCGCCGGAGUGCCGCACCCGGGCAUCCCCUCGGCCGCCUACUCGCCCUCCGCCGCCGCCGCCCAGGCCGCCCUCGGCCUCCACCCCGCCCACGCCGACAAGCUCAGCCUCGCGCCCUCCGUGCAGCCCCACCUCGACCACAGACCAGAGGACGUCGACUGCAGCGAGUCCCGAGGCGAAGGCUCCAGCAGCGACUGCGGCGACGACCGGCCGCCCACCGCCUCCUCCGCCCCUCCCACGCCAGCCUCGCCCACCUCCUCUUCCACGCCCGCGCCCACCAGCAAGAGCAAGAUCAGCUUCAGCGUCGAGUCCCGACUCCUGGCCUCCCCGCCGCCCUCCUCCGCCCACCAGGGCCCCACGCCCGCGAGCCCAGCGCACCCCACGCCCACGAACCCCGGCCAGCCUAACCAGCCCACGCCCGAGGUCGGCCCCUUGGUCGCGCGGGCGGUGCCGGGCUGGCGCUACCCGCGGUACCACCCGUGGCUGCACAACCUCACCCGGUAGAGCCGCGGGACGAUCGCGCCCACGCCCGCGCGCCCACGGCGGCCCAGCGCGGCGCCCUUCUACACAGAACGCUAAACCUCAUAACUACAAACCUCAUUACUCGAAACUAAAAUCAUGUAAACCCAUAUUCUAAUUAACAAAAAUGACAAAAAAUAACUCAUAACCAACAAAAAAAUAAAUAUGGAUUUUUCUUUAUCUUUAACGUGCAAGAGAGAUGGAAAUCCUCGGUCUGUUGUAAUAAUCAAAAUAACGUCCUCAUCAGAAGUCACCCUUGUCUUGAACAACCUGUUAUAGGAGAAGAACAUUCACGGAGAGUUGUUGCGAGAACAUCCAGUUGUGUUCAGGAGGAGAACGGAACACCGCCCGCCCCGCACAGCGAAGAACACUCGCGAACAAAGACCACGCCAGCGAAACGAACAACGCGCAUCGAACACCUUAACCAAACGAGCCCAAAAAGCAUAGAAAACGGACACCAUCGGACAGACCGACGCCAAAGUUCGGUAGCUCGUCUAAAAGUAAACAACAAAAAAAAGUCAGUUUAUUAAAUAACUUCUAACACACCCAUGAAUUUCCCUUUACAUCUGUAACUGCGCAGGGAACGCUCCGAAAAUAAUAAUGAAGCUAAUCAUUUGCAUUCAGGCUACAUAGAAGGAUUUGUGCUGGUAAUGAUCUUGUUCCUGAUUGGACAACAUAAUGGAGUGGGCGGGGCCAAUUGUGCGUUCCUCCUGAUUGGCUGAACUGCGAGAAAAACAAAAGAAGGAAGCAGAAGCAGAGCGAAGAAGCCAGAGACACAAAGAGAAAAUAUUUAAAAAAAUACAUCAAAACUCCGUAACCAACAAAGAAGAAGAAGAAGAAUCAUACGAAAAUAUCACAAAAAAUAAGAUACGAGUUAUUAAAGUGAUAUAUAUGUUUCGUGCAGACAAGGAUAACAAAAUAGACCGUACAAAGAGAGGAAUCUGACGAAAGUGCGCCGAAAUGAUAAUCUUAUUAAAUAAUCUAGAACCACACGACCACUUUUAAAUCUCUUUCGUUCCAUUCCAGUGUUAUUGAAGUUAUUACUAUAUGUUUUUUUAUAUAAAUAUAUUAUUAGAUAGACAUUAAAAAAGAGAGAAAAAAUGGAAUCAAGAAUCGGUUUUUUUACCUUGUGCCCUUACACAUACGAGCUUACACGGUUUUCAAAAGCGUGUUCUCCAGUCACUAGUCUGUAAGUGGAACAAGUACUUUUUUUUAAUUAUCAUUAUCAUCAAUUAUUAAUUAUUGUAUUUUACCACAAGAAGAACCUGUUAGAUAGAUUGUAAGCAGUGUAAAUAAGGUGUAUCUUGUAAGUUUUUUUUUUUUUUUUGUAAAGAAGAGAAAUGUAAUGUAAGAAUUGUACAUACUUUGCGUGCCAACUUUUAGUCCUAUUGUUCACGGCUAUUAUUUAAAUACACUGAGAAAAAUAAA